CAUCAGUCGUCUGCCCCUAACCUGAAAAUAUGACUUUCAUACUGAAAGGAUUGCUGAAUUGUAAAAUGAGAGCAAAUGCGGUCUAAUGAAUGGUAUACGUAAAUAAAAAUGUGUUAUAUAGCGCAGUAGAUAGACUGGAAUUGUCUAUAGUAUUUGUAGAAUUUUCAUAUUAGAGAAAUAAAAAAUUUAAACAAAUUGACAUAAUUAAGAAGGUUAGAACUACAAGCAAACAUUUUGUAACAACAAAAUUAUAAUUUGGAAAAGCUACAAAAAUGGAUGAAAAGAAACAAUUUGAUAAGUUCCUUGGUGGGGAAGAAGAAUUACCCAGGGAUGUUCCCAUGCUACGCCUGGUAGCAUCACGAGCAAGUGAAAUUGCUGCAAUGAAUUAUUCCAUAGAAAAUCCUCAGCAAACAAAAUUAAUAUUCCAAAAGUUGCCUGUCCACAUGCGAAGAAGGAUCAUGUCUCACAAUGCAAAGCGUAUGCCACGAAGAUUGCGCGAAGCGCAUACUAGACAAAUGGCUAAGUCUGGACUACCACCAAAAAAUAAAAGGCCAUCACGAAAAUAUCGUAGACGUCCACGUAAUCUGUUACUGGAGUAUAAUCGUAGACAGCGCGAUAAAGUCUGGUUGGAAACUCACAUCUGGCAUGCUAAACGAUUUCAUAUGACUGAAAAAUGGGGAUACAAAAUACCAAAUUUUCCAAAUGACAGAUGCUUCAGAGCAAAUUACAGAGCGAUAGCGAAGCAUUGCCUGAUACAAGACAUUUCAUAUUACAGUUGCAUAGAAAUUACUGGUCCUUUAAGUUUCUUAAUCGAUACAUUAAAAAGGCAUUGUAACACGAAUGAAUUAACAUUUGGUGCUAAGGUGUACUUGAGUGGCACCAGAGAAGGAAAUUUAAUGUUUUACAAGGAAGAUGGUUACCCCAAGUUUCCAAUUGGAAAUGUAAACUUUCUAUGGAAACCACCAGAUGAUUCCCUUUUGAAAACUAUUUGGAUUUGGGUCCAUCCCUGUUUUUACACAGAUUUCAUUAGCGCAGUUAUAGCUAGUUUCAAGUUUGAAUUAAAUUCUUUACAAACGGAUAACAUGGUCGAUAUUUCAGAAACUGUAGUAGAAAGUGAAAGAAACGAUUCGAAAAUUAUUGCAAAGAAGAAAGCCGCUGUCGAAAAUAAUUGUUUUUCUAAACAUGUGGAAUAUCAUAACGGCACAAAUUGCACAAUGAUUUUAUUAAAUCAUCGCUUAAAUAGGUUUCGGCUCUGUGGUCCAUUGGCACUUGACAUAAUAACAAAUGCCCUAAGAUUACCAAAUUUAGAAUUAAUCAAGGAAUUGCCUGAACAAGAACAAAGUCAAGUAAAAACGAAUGUUGAAGAAGAAACCACAAUGGAAGUUGUGGAAAUUUCAACGGAAGUAGAUACCGAAUCAAAAGAAUCGAGUGGUACUACUGCAAAAAAAUCAUGGUUCAAUGAGUACCACAGAAAAAAAGAAAAUAUAGAAUAUUUUAAAGUACAACAGGAGCUUUUUGAUGUACUGAAAGAUUUAAAAUCACCAAAUCAAUUGCCACCAAAUAUUGUUAUAGCAUUAACAGUCUUGGACCCAAGAUUUUUUAUGCCACAAACGAGAACAAGGUCAGAAAGAAAUAAUAAGGUUUCUGAUAGAAUACCGAUGCCACCAACAUUGGCAAAUCGCAGUCCUAUAUGGGAAUCUGAUGUCAGAAAAUUUGUCGAAACAAAUCUUAAAUCAACAACGCAGAUAAAUAAAUUAAGAAGCAAAAAUUUAGUUCCUGGAGUGAGUAACGAUGAUAAUUAUAACGAAAACAUCAUAUCUAAAAUUCCAAUAUUAUUGCUUCAAAGACCAGGAUGUUUUACAGAUAAAAAGUGUCUAGGUUUUACAUCUGCAAUUGAUAUUAUCAUACCAGCUGGAUGGGCCAUGCCAUUUUGGCUUUCUUUUAUAUUACGCUGUGCUCGACCAGGUGGAUUAAAGGAAUCAAAGUCAAUUAUCCUUGAAAAUCUCGAUCUAAAUUCACCUAACUUCAACAGUCCUGAUACUUCAGCUUAUGUAAGAGAAGCACUUAAUACAAAGUUAGAAAUGAUGGAACGGUACUUCAGAUAUCCACCAAACAGAAGAGUGAAUUUUGUGAAGCUUGGUAUCAGCAGUCCUUUUUACUGCGAAUGGAAAAUUCUUAUGAGAGAGUGGACAGACAUGGACGACUUUUAUGUUUUAAGGAACAAGAAUCUUUUGUCACACUUAGAAACAAGUAUAUCAAACCGCAAGAGCAUGUUGGGUAAAAAUAAAAAUAGAAAGGGUCGCAAAUUCAAUGUUCAAAGUACAAUUACUCCUUUGGACAAAACUUUAUUCCCUGAUGAUAAUUGUCUAAUUCCUGUCAAAAUAUCCAUAGAAAAACGUGGAUGUCCAAAAAACUUUUCUGUAAUCUGUCUGCCUAGUACAGAUGAUUUGAAGAAUUAUGAAAACAAUAAUAAUUGGUCUGGGCCCGUACAAAGUAUUCAAAAGGAUCCUAACGAGAAUAAACGAAAAUUAUUGAGACGUGGACACUUGGCAAUUUUAAAACGACUCAGAAGACAAAGAGUUCGUCGCAAAAGGAAAUUAGAAAAUCGGCAAAAUAUUUUGCAAGAGAAAGGAUCCGACAUUAAUCUUGUAGAAAUAAUGAAGCGUGUGAGAAGGAAAACUAUAAAGCCAAAUCGUGGUAUCAUCGAAAAACAAGCCCAAGUAAUGUCCAGCCUUUACUUGCCAAAGUGCACAAAAGUGAAAAACUCCUGUGACAGAGAAGUAAUGGGUUACGUUGUUCAGGGUGAUUUUUCAUUCACGGAAUCGAAAGGUAUCGGUUUGGGGUAUGUUGUUUUGCCGUCGUUGUUUUCUUUAACGGAUAAAGGCAACAAUAUUGUUCUCGUUAGAAAUACAACAACUAGACAAUACAGAAUUGCCAGGCUUGAAAUACUAAUUACAUAAGAAAACCAAAAUCCAUAUAAUAGAUAUACUGUUAUAUCAUAUAUAUAUUUUGUGAAAAUAUGACGUUUGUAUUAAACAAUUAAAAUUC